UAUAUAUGUAUAUUGUAUUCUGCAAAAUUUAUAGAUAACAUCUUGACAGAUGCAAUUUGAAAUUUCGUAGAUAUAUGAUCUUUUUACGGUUCAGAUUAGGUUAGAUUUUUGUCAGAUUAGGUUAAGUUAUUGUAUUAUCCACGUGGACUGCUUGACAAUUAUCAUGUCAGAACUACUACCAUUACCACAAAAAAAAUAUUACAGACAACGUGCACACUCGAAUCCCAUAGCGGAUCACUGCUUAGAAUAUCCUGUCAAACCGGAUUUAAUGAAUUGGGGUUCGUUAUAUCCGUUUUAUUUUGUAACUAAUGAAGGAGAGCCCAAAGAACAGAAUCUUUCACAGAAAUGUGUUGAGUUUGUAGAUAUUGGUUGUGGCUAUGGAGGACUAUUAGUUACAUUGUCAUUAAUGUUUCCUGAAAAUUUAAUUCUUGGAAUGGAAAUUAGAGUAAAAGUGUCUGACUAUGUUAUGGAUCGUAUAGCUGCAUUAAGAUCACAAAAUCCAGGACAAUACCAAAACAUUGCAUGUCUGAGGACUAAUGCAAUGAAGUAUCUACCAAAUUACUUUCACAAAGGCCAGUUGAAGAAGAUGUUUUUCUUAUAUCCAGAUCCACAUUUUAAAAAGUCCAAGCAUAAAUGGAGGAUUAUAAAUAAAACACUUUUGGCAGAAUAUGCUUAUGUGUUGACUGAAGGAGCCAUUGUAUAUACAGUGACGGAUGUUAAAGACUUACAUGAAUGGAUAGUGGAACAUUUCCGUGAACAUCCAUUGUUUGACGAUGUUUCUAAAGAAGAAUUGGAUAAAGAUCCUAUUGUUGAAAAAUUAUAUGAAAGCACAGAAGAAGGUCAAAAGGUAACAAGAAAUAAAGGAGAUAAAUUUUUGGCUGUAUUUAAACGCAUUCCAGACCCAUUUGAGAACAAAAUUAGUUGAUGCCAAAUACUUUAUGUAUUUGCAUAUAAAUGGAGAUAUUUUUGUUGUAAUCAUUAUACAAAAGAUACCCUAAAUCCAGUCCUCAAAUAUUGUGAGUCCGCAUUGUUAUUAUCCUCUUCAUUAGAUCCAUCAUGUCCUAAAAAAGGAUCAUUCAAAUAAAUGUUACUUUGAUUCUAAAACAGAGGUUAAUAAAAAAUUUAUCUUUAAAAACUAAAA